UUAAUGUUUACAUUCCCCUUUUCUGGUCUCUCCUCAACUAUUUCUUCUUUUUUGACACUAAAAUAACAGAUUCUUGUUAGCUAGUUAAGAAAAAAAUGAAUCUUCUUUUGAGAAACAAGACAUGUGUAAUUCCCAUUUGGGUUUUUUCAUGUUUAGCUGUGCUAGUUUUUUUACUUCCAAUCAGAGUCUAUGCAAGCAGGACAUACCCUCCUCUUUCCUCCAUUGCUGACCCUGUUCUUCCCACUGAGAAGAAACCCCCAUUUUCUCAAAUUCCUAAAGACAAUGAAGCUCUUUCUCCAGCAGGAGUGUCAGGAAUUAAAGUUGUGCACCAUGAAGAUUUAAAUAAAAAGAUUCUUGUUGCCCUUAUAAUUGCUUCAACUCUUCUUGCUGGAAUCUUGCUGUUCUUAUUUUGUUUUUGGAUCUCCAAACAAAAGCAUUCUGAACCCUUGAAUGCUACAAAUAAAAUAACCAAAACCCAAGAUGCUUCAAAGGGGUUGUCAUUAGGGCCAAUCUUUGAAAAAUUUACACCUUCAAGGAUUGUUGGUAAAAAAGGGUCAGUAACUGUUAUCGACUACGAGUGGUUGAUUUCUGCAACCAAUAAUUUCCAUGAAGAUAAUAUCGUUCGAACGGAAAUAUCUGGGCAUGUGUACAAAGCUCAUUUCAACGAUCAUUUCAUUGCAGCGGUUAAAAGACUCCAUAGUGGAGUACAAGAUGCACAAAAAGGAUUUGAGAAUGAAGUAGAUUGGUUAGGUAAACUUAAGCAUCAAAAUAUCAUCAAUCUUUUGGGUUAUUGCGUACAUGAUGACACGAGGUUUUUGAUCUACGAAAUGAUGCAUCAAGGCUCUUUAGAAUCCCAAUUGCAUGGACCUUCACACGGAAGAGCAUUAACCUGGCACCGCAGAAUGAAAAUUGCACUAGAUAUUGCACGUGGACUGGAGUAUCUUCAUGAACGUUGUAACCCCCCUGUGAUUCACAGAGAUCUCAAAUCAUCAAACAUUUUCCUUGAUUCCAAGUUCCAUGCCAAAAUUUCUGAUUUUGGAAUGGCUACCACUGAGCUUCUAGCCAAGAACAAAGUGAAGCUUUCAGGAAUGUCCGGUUAUGUCGCUCCAGAAUAUCUAUCCGAGGGUAAGCUUACUGAUAAAAGUGACGUCUAUGCGUUCGGAGUUAUACUUCUUGAGCUUUUGAUAGGUAGAAGACCCGUUGAAAAAAUGUCGCCGUCUUUAUUUCAAUCCAUUGUCACAUGGGCAAUGCCUCAGCUAACAGAUCGAUCAAAGCUCCCAAAGAUUGUUGACCCUGUGAUUAGAGAUACAAUGGACUUGAAGCACUUAUAUCAAGUUGCUGCUGUAGCCGUGCUAUGUGUGCAACCUGAACCAAGUUACAGGCCGUUGAUAACAGACGUAUUGCAUUCAUUCAUCCCACUGGUACCUGCUGAGCUUGGAGGGUCAUUAAGAGUUUAGCAACCGUCAAAUCAGGGAAUCCUUAUCAUAUCUCCCCUCCCCAUGGAAGUUUUGGUUCUAGCUAUGUUUAGUGGGUUCUACAUGGUUGGCAGACAUGGCUAGUAUGGAUGUACUGUUGGCACCAACGGACAGAAUUUGAAUUUAAGAUGGGGGAGGUAAUAAUGGUUUUUGGAACAGCGAGUACCAUGUACAUGAGUUAGCAUUUAGUUUAAAAGAAGAGAGUACAUGGAUUCUCAUGUUCUUUAUUUUGUGUAUAAACCAAAAAACAUCCUCAUUAUGCCAGUCAGUCUUCCUUGAUAUAAUUAUUGAAUUGAUAGGGUGAAAGCUCCAUGUUAUCAUUUUGGAUUUGGUAUUCACAUGAAUAUAUUCAGAUGUUUCUACUCGAA